CAGCCAUUGGCUGGCUGGCGCGGGGCGGGCUGUCCCCGAGCUGCGGCCCGGACGCGGCAGUGCGGCCUCUGAAGCGCUUGUCGCCUGUCCCCAAUUCUGUGCCUGAUGCUGUCACGUCUGCAGGAGCCUUCCUCCGUCUGCCACCCAAGAGGAUCCGCAGCCCCGCUUCCUGCCGCCUCGCUCCUCCUGCCCCUCGUUCCCGCUCUGCAGGACGCGGCGGGGAUGGCUGCAGCAGCCCCGGUUCAGCUCCGGGAGGCCUUCGAGGACGUGGCUGUGUAGAAAGAGUGGGAGCUGCUGGAAGAUGGAGACAAGGUGCUUUACCGGGACCAGAUGCUGAGGAAUUACCAAACCCUUGAUUCCCUGGGUUAUCAAGGUCCCACACCAGACUUAAUUUACCACAUCCAACGAGGGGAGGUGGAGCUCUGGGUCUGUGAUGAGGAGCCUGGAGAAAGUGUAUUGUCUCAGGGCUUGUCCCCAGGUGUCAGAACUCCCAGCAGAGAUGAGCAGCAGCCUCUUGAGGAAGGGUCUUCAAAUCUGGAGCUGGUUCCAGUCCAAAGCCAGUUACCUGCACAAGGAACAACUGAGCCCCAAAAGAACCCUUUGUGUGGAAAAAGAUUUGGAUCUCACAGCCGCUUGAGUCAGAAAGGCAGAGCUCAGAAAGGGGAAGCAAUGUACCAAUGUAGGGAGUGCAGUGAGAGCUUCAAGGACCAACAAGAACUCAGGGCGCACAGGGGGACCCACAGGAGAGAGACAGCCCACCCCUGCGCUGAGUGUGGGAAGAGUUUCCGGUACAAAUACCGUCUCGUUGCUCACCAGAGAACGCAUUCUGGGGAGCGCCCCCACCUCUGCCCUGAGUGCGGGAAAGCCUUUGCCCGCCCAGAGUACCUCCGUGUGCACCAGCACAUCCACACUGGGGAGAAGCCAUACCACUGUGCUGAGUGUGGUAAGAGCUUCGCCUUCCCAUCCGAGCUCCAAGUCCACCAGCGUGUCCACACAGGGGAGAAGCCACACCACUGUACCCAGUGUGGGAAGAGUUUCACCCGCCCAUCGCACCUCCGAAUUCACCAGCGCAUCCACACUGGGGAGAAGCCAUACCGCUGCACUGAGUGUGGGAAGAGCUUCAGGGAGAGCUGUUUUCUCACCAGGCACCGGCGUGUCCACACUGGAGAGAAGCCAUAUUGCUGCACGGAGUGUGAGAAGAGCUUCGACAACCCAUCCCACCUCAGCAUCCACCUACGCACCCAUACAGGGGAGAAGCCGUACCACUGUGCUGAAUGUGGGAAGAGCUUUGGGUAUCGUUCUGCUCUCACCAAGCACCAGCGCAUCCACACUGGGGAGAAGCCCUAUCACUGCAGUGACUGUGGGCAAAGCUUCACCAGCCCAUCCUCCCUUCGUGUCCACCAGCGUGUCCACACUGGGGAGAAACCAUACUGCUGCACUGAAUGCGGGAAGAGCUUCACCAACCCUUCCAAUCUCCGUGUGCACCAGCGUGUCCACACAGGGGAGAAGCCGUACCAGUGCACGGAGUGUGGGAAAAGCUUCACUGACCCCUCCCACCUCCGUGUUCACCAGCGUGUUCACACGGGGGAGAAGCCAUAUAGCUGCAGUGAAUGUGGGAAGAGCUUCAAACACCCAUCCCACCUCCGUGUCCAUCAGCGUGUCCACACGGGGGAAAAGCCAAACCAGUGCAAGGAGUGUGGGAAGAGCUUCAAGUCUAGCUCUGCUCUUUCCCAGCACCAGCAGGCCCACAGACCAGGCCCUCUUUGUCAAGGGUCAGUUUCUGCCAGUUCUCACUUCAUUCUCCUUCCCACAACCUAUACCUUGGUGCAGGGGUGGGGGAAGGUCCAGCAUCUGGCCUGAAAUAACUUCACUUCCCCAUACACCAGGCUGUGGGUUUAUAUGCUCCUGGAAAUGGGAGAGGGAAGCAAGGAUUUGAGGCUUGGGGGGUGCUGUUCUGCAGAGUACAGUUUGGGGAGGGGCAAUGUAUUGUGAGGGUGCAGAGUAAUUGGAAGCCCAGCAGCAGCAGCACUCUGUCCGGUCAGAAGAGGAGUGAGGGGAGAAAGUGUGUGGUGUGAUGUGGAUGGGCUGGCCAUGCGCGAUCCUAGCAUGAAACAGUAGGGGGUAGAGGAAACAGGAGGAUUUUGACUGGUUUUGAGUGAUGGGUUCUGGCAGCCAAGCAGAUCUGGACCUGGAUGGGAGAGUAGCAGGAACCGUGACAAUGAGGGCCUCCCUGGAAGAAACACAGGGAAAGAUGGGGACAUGGGCAGGCCUGAAAUCACUUCCAGGUAAUGCAGGGAUAUCAAAUUCAUCUCCCCUUGGGCAGAUCAGGACUCCCUUGUGCCCCAUGCAGCAUGGGUACAGUCCAUGAGCCACAUGCAGCAUUUGCUUGCCCUACUCCAGUGCUUUCACUUCAUGCAGUGUGCAGGCUAGACCCAAUGCUGCACACGGCACAGGGGGUCCAGGGCACAGGCUGCAGGCUGCAUCCAUGCUGGACUGGCUCUAUAUGCUGGCUCUGGGGCUAGUCCAGACUGGCCCCCAAGCUGUCUGUCUACUGGAAUCGGCACACAGAGCUGCCAUCUGAACAGCAAGCCCUGGGGCUGGCUUCUGCUUUAAUGAUGAACAAAGCAGAGAGAAGUGGUAGUCUGACAUCAUCAAAAUGCCUUCAUAUUUAAUUUGCGGUACUUUUAUUCUCCCACCAACAAGCUCUGCUCGCUGGACUGGCUCCUGUCAGUCCCCAUGAAACCCUUGGUACAGCCAGUUACAGCUGACUUCUACCCAUGGCCUUGCUGUCUGAGACAGCCUCAUGGGAAAUGUAGUGACCUGGUCCCACUUGCUCAACAUAAAAGUUGUAGGAGCCUGGGAGAAAGGGACCUGUGACUGAAGAUUCUUGAGGGUCAUUGGACUGCGGAGACCCCAGGGCCCUGGAGCUGAUGCUUAUUCUUUUGGGAGCAGGGGUGGGAUGUGGAAAAGACUGACAGCCACUCAACAGCCCCUGCUAAGAAGCAUGAAGCACUGACGCCAUUAACAAAUUUUGUAUAUAAACUGAUUAUAAACUGAUAUAAAAAUGUAAUUUUCUAGUGUCCUUAUCCAGAAAUGAACCUGCGGUGGUAGUUGUGCCCAUAGAAGCACCGAAUGAUUUUUUUUUUCUUCUGCCUGUGUCCUGGUGCUGUGUGAUUAUAUCAUGGUCUAU